CCCUCUCACAUUUGACCUGUUUUUAUUGUUCCGCCAUCAUCUUGCUUUUUUACUACUUAUCUUCCUUUACUUUUUUUGGGUUCUUUCUUUCUCCCAAUUCCAAACAACAGCAAACUUCCAAAGCUUCAAAAUUUCCACCGAUUUCUUCUUGGAAUUUUGCUCUGAUAUAUCUCACAACCUAAAAACUUUGGCAGCAUACACAUAAACAACACCUUUAAUUGAAGAAAGUGGUUUAGGUUUAGCCGUUUAGUCUUCAUUUCAUCAUCUUCAUUCGUCUCUUCUUCUAAACACUCUUUUCUUUGGUUGAUUGCACCUUUUUUUGGGUCAUGUGUCUUCACUCAUUGAUUAAAUUGCACUAAAACACACUCUUUUUUCACACUUUCUGCAACAUUUGGUCCUCCUAAAACCAAAGGAUUGAGAAUUUUCUUUCAAAGGUUCAAAUUUUCUCCCAAAUUGAAGCUUUUGAAGUGGAAAUUUAGACUUUCUGUAAUCUGGGUUUUUGAUUUUGGAGGUGGGUUUUUGAUUUUGGAACUUAUAAUGCUUGUUUUAGGAGGUGGGUCUUGUGGUUUCUUCUGUUUGAUGGGUUUUUUGCCUUGCAAUUAAAUUUCUAGAAGAGAAGAAUUUUCUGUUCCAAUGGCUUGAUAAUUGGGGCUGAAGAAUUUUCAAUCAUUUUAGGGAGGGUUUGCUGAUGAAUGAGACAUGGAUAAAAUUAUUCAACCUCCUUUGGUAUUAAUGUGGUCAUCUUAAGGACUACAAAAGGGAAGUUGUUCUUGGUUCGAGUUUUGCGAUGAGAGGAAUUGACAUGGUCAUCUGAAGAAUGCUAUAUGCUGUAUUUUGUUGUGUAUGCGAAGUUCUUGCUAUAUCCAAAUGAUGGAAAACAAACCGAAAUCAAUCACUGCUUCGGUGGCUCAGGUUGACUCAACAGCAUGUUUGUGUAGAGUAGAUGCUGGUUUAAAAACUGUAGCUGGAGCAAAGAAAUAUGUCCCUGGGACAAGGUUGUGUAUACGACCUGACAUCAAGCCUUCCAUUCAUCCCACAAGGCAGAAAUCUUCACGUGGUGACAGGAGCCGCAGUCAGUCUCCUCUCCUUCCAGGUCUCCCUGAUGAUCUGGCCAUUGCUUGCUUAAUUAGGGUUCCAAGAGUGGAGCACCGAAACCUCCGAUUAGUCUGCAAAAGAUGGUACCGUCUUCUUGCUGGAAACUUCUUUUAUUCAUUAAGAAGAAGUCUAGGAAUUGCAGAAGAAUGGGUGUAUGUCAUUAAAAGAGACCGAGAUGGUAAGAUAUCAUGGCAUGCAUUUGAUCCGGUUUACCAACUCUGGCAACCCCUUCCACCUGUUCCCAAAGAGUACUCUGAAGCUCUAGGGUUUGGAUGUGCUGUUCUUAGUGGCUGCCAUUUGUACCUUUUUGGAGGGAAACAUCCUCUUAAGGGUUCAAUGAGACGGGUCAUUUUUUACAAUGCCCGAACUAACAAAUGGCAUCGGGCACCUGAUAUGUUACGCAGGAGACAUUUCUUUGGUGCAUGUGUCAUCAACAACUGUUUGUAUGUAGCAGGUGGGGAGAACGAGGGUAUACACCGUUCCUUAAGAUCAGCUGAAGUUUAUGACCCGAAUAAGAAUCGAUGGUCCGUAAUCUCAGAUAUGAGCACAGCAAUGGUGCCUUUCAUUGGUGUUGUUUAUGAUGGAAAGUGGUACUUGAAAGGGCUCGGCACUCAUCGCCAGGUUCUAAGUGAGGUGUAUCACCCAGAAUCUGACAACUGGUAUCCAGUUUAUGAUGGAAUGGUUGCAGGUUGGAGAAAUCCCAGUGCUGCUAUGAAUGGAAAGCUAUAUGCAUUAGACUGCAAAGAUGGGUGUAAACUUAGGGUUUAUGAUGAGGCAAGUGAUUCCUGGAGUAAACACAUCGAUAGCAGAGUUCAUUUGGGAAACUCCAAGGCCUUGGAAGCAGCAGCCCUCGUACCUCUUAACGGGAAGUUGUGCAUCGUGCGGAAUAACAUGAGUAUUUCUUUCGUAGAUGCCUCAAGAUCUGAAGAUGUUGGAAGUGCAGAAACUUCUGAACAUCUUUGGGAAACAAUAACAGGGAGAGGUCAGUUCAAGACUAUGAUGAUGAAUAUCUGGUCAAGUAUUGCUGGUAGGAAACACUUAAAAAGCCAUAUUGUCCAUUGUCAGAUUCUUCAAACUUAAAACUAGGGUAUACGACAAUGAAUCGGAAAUACGAAUUUUGUGUUGUGUUUUUCAUGUCUCUGGAUCUAGCAAGCUUUCGGCACAUCUUUUUGCCAAAAAAGAAAAGAUAAACCGGCAGAUGUGCCUAAAGUUUGCUACAUUAGAGCGAGUCACGUACAAGUCUGCAAUUGUUGUGUUUUUCAGAUUGUACUAUUACUAAAGCUCACGCACGAAGUAGAUCUAUCUAUUGCACAUAGUUUACGAAAUAUAGUGAACCAUUCCCUUGUUGGUUCAUGUCCUGCGGUCUGCAGAAGAUGUUAGUAUGAUAGUUAUCGUUCACAACCGUAAGUUUUUGAUGCAAACGUAGUUGGUGGAUCAAUACAUUGAUCGAUUGCAUUUCUAGUAGCUUAUCUGUCUGUAUGAUGCCUUGUUUGAUAUAUGAGAACUGAGAAGUGAGAACUAUUAGUUUUUUUGUCCUA